AGGACACGCCAGUCUGACGUUUCGUAUAUGCCUAUUUUAUAUUCAAACAUUUUAUUGAUUAUCACAGUGACCCCGAUUUAAAAAAGUGAAGUGUGAAGAGAAUAUAACAUGGCUUCUCUUAUUCAGAAAUGUAAUGAUGAUAACAUUCCCCUGGCCGAUGAUGAUCCACAAGUUAUAAUAUCCGAAGACUUAGAGAACAAUCGCUUGGAUCACGGUCGCUCUAUGGACUCACUUCCAAGUUCUUAUACCGGAUCCUCUAGCCCUGGUUUAAAUGGCCCCGCUAGCUUUGAACCUGACUCUGGUAUAGAUGAGCAGGAGGAAAAAGCACGCCUUAUUUCUCAAGUCUUAGAACUACAAAAUACUCUAGAUGAUCUGUCUCAAAGAGUUGACUCUGUAAAAGAAGAAAAUCUUAAGCUCCGUUCAGAAAAUCAAGUGCUCGGUCAAUACAUUGAAAAUUUGAUGUCUGCUUCAUCUGUGUUUCAAUCGACAACACCAAGUGUGCACAAGAAGUAAUUAAUCACAGAUUUGCCUUGGCACUAGCAAAGACUGAUUGAAAUGCUUAAAUUCACAAUACAAGAAGUUAUUCAUUACUCGUCUUUAUUCUAUAAUGAUACUGCAAUAUCUUGUGUGGGUUUCCUUAGAACCAAUGAAGUGUGAAAUACUGUUUGUAUUCACUGGCUUUAUAAGCAAUAUAAUGAGCAAAAUAAAAUGUGUGCUGAAGACAAAGCUUUGCUUUUAAAGCAGUGCUUUUGUAUAACAUAUAUUUGUAUUAAAUAGUUUAUAGAAUAAUUUUUAAAUAUUGUAGUUAAAAUUUAAUUUCUACUCAGACAUCACUGAAUCAUGCUUUUUGUAACAAAUAUUGACCAAUUCUUGACCCAUCUGCUGUAUCAUCAAACAUUCCAACCAAAUAUAUAUAUAAUAAAAUAUACAAAAAGCUCUCUUAUAUUUAAUCUCAAAUUAUACUUCACUAAAUAACUUUAUUUUAUAUUUAAUAGCUUUAUAAAUAUAGUUUUAUUAACUU